GGUACGUUAAUUUAAGAGUGGCAUCUUCAAUCAAGAUGGCAGCCCCCAUGACUCUCAGAAUCUCUCCUGCAAUUACCAUGUAUAUUUUACAAUUUUGUCUUUUGAUUGCAUCUUUUGUUUCAAUAAGCAAUGGAAAUCGGAAGGUUGCUGAACCCAAGCUCCCCAUCCAUGAUCCAGAAGGGUUAUCAACUUACGUUCUUGUGAUCGAGCAUUCUUUUGAUCAAGGAAUGUCACCCAAGUUUGGGAGUAGAGGAACAUUAAGCUUCAAAUCUAACAGAGAGAGUCAAGGAAUGUUUGUACAGACGGCUGCACUGACUGCUGGAGAAAAAAGGAAAUUAAAGGAUUUAGCCAAACACGAUGGCAUCUAUAGGAUACGAGUGCCAACCAGUCUUGAGGCAAACCCUGAUGAUAGCUCACUACAGUUCGUCUCUACUUUCACAAGAGCGUGUGCACUUUUACAGUCUCGAUUAUCAGACAACAUCACCGUCAGCGUUGACCAAUCAGGAAAUGUUCUGGGGGUAUCUCUAGUGCCAAUGUACGGGUCAUGUGACCGGGACUCCUCAGGCGAAUCAUUAUCAUCCUUAGAUUACUUCAAUACAAGUGUGUCGCUUUCCGUCACGACAGCUGGUCCAAGCCCUGAUACACAAGCAUAUGUGAGGAAAUUAGAAGAUGAACGAAUGAUGAAGGAGAAAGGAAAAGGACCAGAUAAUAGAUCGUUUUUGGCAAAAUAUUGGAUGUACAUUGUUCCGGUGGUUCUAUUUGUCUUGGUAUCAAGCGGAGGAGAACAGCAACAGAGAGGAUAAGGCAAGAUUAGCCUAAGAUUAGGAUUAAGAUUA